AUGGCGCACCAAGCCCAGGAUAACGCCCGUGACUUGGCCCAAACUGUCUCGCAUGAUGUUGAGAAGUCACAGUGCGUCCACGAAGAACUCAAGCCCGACGACCUUGAGGGAGACACUAGGAGCUAUGCUACUACAGCCCCCAAGACGUCUCCUGCAGAGAUCAAGCUUGUGCGAAAGCUCGACUGGAUCAUCUUGCCUACUCUUUGGAUCAUGUACUGGUUCAACUAUCUAGAUCGAAACGCAAUCACGGUUGCUCGCCUUGACGGCCUCGAGGAGGAGCUCAACUUGACGUCGACCCAGUAUCAAACCUCUGUAGCUAUCCUUUUUGUCGGUUAUAUCCUCGGCCAGGUGCCCAGCAACAUGCUCAUCACUCGAAUCCGCCCGUCCCUAUUCAUGGCAUCCUUUAUGGCCCUUUGGGCCGUCAUCAGUACCCUCACAGCCAUAGCCAAGGAUUUCAAAGGGCUGCUUCUCACUCGUUUCUUCCUCGGCGUUGUCGAAGCUCCAUUCUAUCCCGGUGCGCUUUAUAUGUUGUCCAUGUUCUACAAUAGGAACGAAAUCGCCACGAGGAUUUCUAUCCUCUUUACUGCGAAUAUUUGCGGCACCGCGUUCGCUGGUCUCAUUGCUAUUGGCGUUUUCAAGAUGAGCGGUGUCGCCGGUCUCGCGGGAUGGAGGUGGUUAUUCAUCCUCCAGGGUAUCAUCACUUUUAUUGUGUCUAUCGUUUCCGUUUUCAUCUUACCAGACGAGCCUCAAAACACUCGGUGGUUGUCCCAGGAAGAACGCAGCCUCGCAGCUUCUCGCAUUGCUGAGGAUACGGUCCGUCUCAAGGCCAACACCAACACUUGGGCAGGUCUCGUCGAGGCGCUGCGUGACUCAAAUCUCUGGGUUCUGAUCUUCGUCCAACAUCUACACUUGGCCGCCAGCAAUUUCAAGAACUUUUUCCCGACUAUUGUCGAAACUCUAGGGUUCUCUCGGAACGUCACGCUCGCGCUGACGUGCCCUCCUUACCUCGUGUCGGGCGUCAUCUCCAUUGCGUGGGCAGCGAGCUCCGGGCACUUUAAUGAAAGAGUCUGGCACAUCACGGCUUCAAAGUGUGUCGCAGUACUUGGAUUUGUGCUUGCUUGUACAACUCUGAACAUUGGAGCCCGGUACUUUGCGAUGUGUACAUUUGCAACAGGAGUUUACUCGGCGAAUAGCAUCAUCCUUGGUUGGGUAUCGACAACCUGUGGGCAAACUAGGGAGAAGAAGGCCAUCUCGCUCGCCAUCGUCAAUACAUUUGCGUCAAUCUCUGCCAUCUACGGUCCUUAUCUCUGGCCAAAGUCGAACGCGCCGCGAUAUACCAUUCCUAUGCUUGCGAGUGCUGCCUUUUCCAUUGGCGCUGUUUUUCUGGCCUGGUUGCUGCGAUGGAUGCUUGUCAGGGCAAACAAGAAGCUCCUCCAACAAUCUGGCGACAGCCGCCCCAACCUGUACCCUUACUAG